CAGGUCUUAAAACAUUUGGCCAAGUCUUUCACUGAGAUACUUUCCCACCCGUCUGCUCUCGGAGGAGGAACAACUCAUGGAAUAUCUCGACUUUUUCACAUUUUUGACACUUUUCCGGAGCUUCUAAACGAGCCCCCUUCUCUCUCUCUCUCUUUUUUCUUCUUUUUCAAGCCGCCCUCCCCUCCACCUCCUCCGGGGGAGAAAAACGCGCUCGAAGAGGACCGGAGAUCUUCUUCUGCUUCACCAACUGUUUUCUUUUUCUUUUUCUUGCGUUUUGCUUUUAUACUUUUUUCCCUUCUUCUUCCCCCUCUUCGGAUCUCUGUUUUUGGUCACAUGCGUGAAGAGGAGGAAGAAAUGUUCCCGUGUCGCGUCGCGGUUUCCGUGCGAAGGUGUUUGCUGAGUUUAUUAUUUUCUUUUAAAACCAGUUGAGUAACUGGCGACGGGACUCUCCAAUCAAUGUGGUGUCAACUGGAAGGACGCGGGGUCCGGAUCUCACCUAGACGCUGAUACGUCUUGGGAGUGAUGCACUGGCUUCCCCUGGUUGCCAUGGUGAUUGCCUCGGCCCUGCCAUUCCCCCACGACCCCGUGUCCAGGAUCGCCGCCGCGACGACGUUGACGGAGUCCGGAUCCGACGACGCGGCCGCUCGCCUCGCAGCUCCCACCGCCGCCGCAUUCCACGACUUCCACGGAAAUGCCUCCUCCUCCUCUUCCUCCUCCUCCUCCGCGUUCGGCCGACACGCCAACAGACAGAACCUCCGGAACCGCAGGGAGCACCUGAAGUCCUCCGCGGACGAAGGGGCGCCCUUGCUCAGGGGGGAGCGGCGAGGAACCCACCGAGCGAAGAGCAAGUCGGGCGGCGGCGACGAACGCAGAGACGAACCCGGCGUGGACGUCCCCACGGAGAGAGGGACGCUCGGGGCCGAGGAUCCUCCCCGGGACGAACCUCCGCCGAAGGACUUGGAAGCAGACGGGCGAGACUCCGUCAUGUCUCUAGACACGAAGGACUCCUUCAGGUCUCUAGACACGAAGGACUCCUUCAGGUCUCUAGACACGAAGGACUCCUUCAGGUCUCUAGACACGAAGGACUCCUUCAGGUCUCUAGACACGAAGGACUCCUUCAGGUCUCUGGACACGAAGGACUCCUUCAGGUCUCUGGACACGAAGGACUCCUUCAGGUCUCUAGACACGAAGGACUCCUUCAGGUCUCUGGACACGAAGGACUCCUUCAGGUCUCUAGACACGAAGGACUCCUUCAGGUCUCUGGACACGAAGGACUCCUUCAGGUCUCUGGACACGAAGGACUCCUUCAGGUCUCUGGACACGAAGGACUCCUUCAGGUCUCUAGACACGAAGGAAUCUGCGGCGGAAAGACUGCCGUCGGUUUCUGCGGCGGGAAGCCAGAUUGCCGUCAGCCUGAGGGGUCAAAGGGGACCGUGUCCCACGGCGCCCUCGGAGGAGCCGAGGGGCGCGCCGAGGAUCGGGACCACGUGGACCGCGGGGCCGACGGAGGAGGCGGGGCUUAGCACGGGGCUGGACGAGAUGUUUCUGGACGCGCAUCCGCGGGUCCUGUUCUCGCCCUCGCCGUCGCCGCCGGAGCACCCGCCCCUCCUGCUCAUGCUGGAGACCGGCCUGCUGGAGGAGGACCGGGACGCCGCCGCGGAGGAGCAGGAGGACAUGCACAUCGAGGGUCACGGGGACCGCGCGAUCGACAGGACCCCGAGCUGGGCGGACUCUCCGGGCGCCGUCGGGGUCGCCCGUCUCGCCAAGCGGGACAAGCGCUCGCACUCGGUCGACCGGCGGAGGGGCGAGAAGUCGGUGUGCGAGUCGGAGAGCGUCUGGGUCACCGACAAGAAGACGGCGGUGGACUCCCACGGCCAGAAGGUCACCAUCCUGCAGGAGAUCCAGACCCAGACGGGCCCGCUCAAACAGUACUUCUACGAGACGCGCUGUCGCGAGGCCGAGCGGCGGGUCAAGGGCAGCGACGGGCGCUCGAGGUCCGUCGGGACGGGCGUGGCCGGCGCCGGCUGCCUGGGCGUGGACAGGAGGCAGUGGGUCAGCGAGUGCAAGGCCAAGCAGUCGUACGUCCGGGCGCUCACCAAGGACGCCAACAACCGGACCGGCUGGAGGUGGAUCCGCAUCGACUCGUCCUGCGUCUGCGUCCUGCUGUCCAGAGCCAAUCAGGCGGCGGCGGCGGGGAGGGAGGGCUUGACCAGGAAUGGGAGGGGCUGA